CCUUACCUCUACCCUCCAUAAUCUGUAGGUACCUUAAACUAUUGCAAAUAUCGGGUAAAAAUGGGAUUAUUUUUUAUUUAGUUUCAAGGAAUUUAGUGAAAAGGAUUUUGAGUGAAUGUUAAACGUAGGCAAGUUAAUUUUAUGUUAUUAAAAAUAAACAUCACAUUCAUUCACAAUGGAAAACAACACCGACCAUACUGAUCAAAACAAUUUCAGUCCGCUUACUGUUCAAGAAGUAGACGUAGAUUUUUUACCGAUUGUUUACGAAAUCAUACGAAGUGUUGAACGUGACUUCCAUGACAAUUCUGCCAAAGCGAGGGAAUCACAAGAUUGUAGUUUGAAAGUUUUAGAAUUGCAGAAGAAAUUUGAUAUUGCUCGUUCGCAGAUUAAACGUCUACCGGGCAUUGAAUAUAAUAAACAAGAUCAACUGAAGCAAUUUGAGAUACUGAGAACACAAUUGCGGCUAAAAAGAGAACUUUUACAAAAGUACCGAAACAUGUGCUCAUUUGAAACAUCAUUCAAGUGAUUUGAAAUGCCACUAAGAACAUUAUUUAGGUAUUUAGCCAAUAACGAACAUCUAGUGCAAAAAAUUGCAGAAUCUUACCCUGUAAGACGGGCUGCACAACUUGCAGUAUCUGUAUUUUUUAGA